CUUUAAAAUAGAUCAGACAUAGUUGACAUGGCAGUUCCUCUUCAAGCUAAAAGGAAGUUUACAGAAAAGUUUCUUGACAAUGAAAUUGAAUCUUUGAGAGAGAAAGUGCGUGAAGCAUAUAGGAUAUUAGCAAAAAAAGAUAUGGGUCAUAUUCCAACUGAAGAAGAAAAUCAAGUUGUUGAGGAAUAUGCAGUGAAUAAGAAAUUGAUUGCAAGAUUAGAAGCCAUGAAAGAAGACGCCGUUGGUUACAAACCUAAAAAGUUUUAUAAAGAGCAAGACUUUUUCUCAACCCUUCAGUUCUUUUAUCUCGUUCGAUUAGCUCAACAAGGUUACUUUGGCAUCAUUUCUGAGAAAUAUCCUGCACUUGAACCUUUAGCUGUAAGAUAUCUCUGUGACAAGUUAAUCACUGCUUCCUUGUAUGCUGUUGGAUCCGAUGAGAAACUGAAGAGUGCAAACAGCCAAAUCAUACUUGAUAUUAUCACGGCACUUACGCGUGAGCGAGAUGAGCCUGUUGGUCCUGGGUUCAAAACAACAUUCAAAUAUAUCUCAAGUGCGAUUAAAGAUUUAAUCAAACAAACUGGUUUACAGCAUCAGCCAUUCCCUACAGCCGAAAUUCAGCCAAAACCUAUGGAGCAUUCCCCACAAGUUUGGAUUAUGAUGCCUUAUACAAGUAUGAUAGAUACUGCUCACUUAUACCCUUUCAUGAUGCCAAACGUUGUCCCUGGAGGAUUUAUGGGCCCCACUCCCUUUACGACAACAAGUACAUCAUGCCCCGCAGAACCCACUGCCCCAGAAAAUAAGUCUCAAGAUAAACCUCAACCUGAGGAAGUAUCUACGGUUACUACUAAUUUGGAAAGUGGUCAAGAUAACAAGCAGAAGAAUUUGCAAAUCAGCCUACAAGAGAAUGAUGAAAAGAAUAUACAGACCGAGAAGCAAGAGAGUGGUGAAAAGGGUAUACAAGUUGAGAAGCUAGAAAAACAAGUACUAUCUCCUAUUCUUAAUACAUCAAGGUCCUUGGCAUCUCAAGCAACUAAUGGUAUAUUUACAUCCUUAACAAGUCCACGACAAGAGAAGAAAUUUACAUUCGAUAACCUUGAUCAGUUUGCGGAUGCAGAAGAUGCUUCUAAUGUGGCAUCCUCUACAGAAUCAAAGCAAACAAGUGAGCCCAAGAAACAAAAGCAAAGCACAGACAAGCAAGAUAGACAAAAAGAUGAUCAAGAGGCAAAUAUGAAGCAAGAUCAAAAACAAGAAGCAAAUACGCAACCAGAAAAGCAAACAGAACAAUAUACAAAAAUACAAAUAGAGGCUCCCCAAGGUAAUAAACAGAAUGAAUCAAGUAUCAAUCAACUCAAUGGGAAGACGGAACAAACAAAUGUGCACACAGAAAAAGUUGAAGAUCAAACGAAAGAAACAAAGGAAAAUGGAAAGACAAAUGGUAUUCAUGAAGUAAUCAAGGAAGAGAUAGAGUCAAGUGGCUGGGAUGAUGUAGCAGUGAAUACAAAAGAACAAGAUGAAUCCUGGAGAAAAAUUAGUUGGGAAAAUGCUGAGGAGCAAACAGAUAAUAAAGACAAGAAAGAAGACACGGACAAUUCUACUGACAAGAAUGUAAAAUGGGGCGCGAAUGAAUGGGCAGAAGACUAUGAUGUCAAGAGUCAAGAAGCAGAAGGCACUAAGAAAGAGGGCAGAAGUGAAAGAGAACGAAGUGGCCAAUGGAAACGAGGCAAGCGUGAUCAAAAGUAUGGUAGACAAUGGAAGCAAGGAAGCAAUAAUGGUAGCAAACAAAAAGAUGGCGAAAGUAACGACGACAAGGCAACUGCCAAUUGGCAAAGCUUUGCAAAGAGUCAUAGUCCACAGGGAAGUCAACAAGGCAGUUCGCAAAGAGGACGUAACAGCUUUGGCAAAGGUAGAGAAGGCCGAAGAUCAUCGCAUUAAACAGUAUAUCAGACAAGCAGGCAUAAUCAUCAAUCCAAAGGCAAUAUGGGCAUGAUAUGUCUAAAAUUUGUAUUAUAUGAUAAAAAGUAAAAAAUGUAAUAAUAAAAGGGC